GAGAAGGAAAAUGGGAGGUUGCGCAACUAAGCCCGGAGUAUUGAACGUGCCAGCUGCGGAGGCUCCACCGCCUCUUGAGAAGCCUGAGGAGGUCUCUGCAGAUGCAAAGGUUCAAGAAGAGAGUGAAAAUAGAAGAGAGGCCUCUCGAAACGAAGAUAUCAAUACAGAACAAGGAGAAACAAAAACAGAAGAAGAGGAACAGGCUAAGGCACAGGUGCAUCCUGUUCAGGAAACUGAAACUGCUGAAACUGUCAAAGCUAAGGAGGUCCCAGCUCCAGUUCAUGAGGAAACUCCAGUUCCUGUGUCGGUACCGGAUUCUUCAAAGGAAGUUGAGAGCACAAAGGAAGCAUCAAAGAAUUCUACAACUGAUUCUUCUUCAUCAGUGGAAGUCAAGAGCCCGAAGGAAGCAUCAAAGGAUUCUACUACUAAGAAUGUCGAACAGAAAGUAGCAGUAAUCGAGGAGAUAAAUGCUAAAUCUGAUGCUUCUCCUAUAACAGAGAAGAAGGAAGAUGAUGCAACAAAGACUGCUUAAAAGGGUCGUGCUUAAUUCUUGUUAGUUAAUUAGUUUACAUUCAAUUGAGUGAUUAAUAAUUUAAUUCUAGUGCAUUUGCCUAGAAGCAGACGGGUCACUGUAAAUUUCUAUUUCAUUCUCACUUCUACAUCCUCUUGUAUUAAUUAUCAUCUUUGUAAAUCAAAACUUUACUAGCAAUAAAGUUUAGGCCGAGUCCUUAUUUCA